UCCAGGAGCGGCUGCGGCAGCCCUGGGCGGACGUGUUGCGGCGCCUGGCGCGGGCGCACGCCUUCCAGCGCUCCUACUUCAACCAGCCCGCCCUGCAGAGCUUCCUCGGCACCCUGGCACGCCAGAAGGAGGAUGCCAAGGUGCUGCUGGUGCUGACGGACGGGCUGGAUGACGAUGUGCAGAAGAUGAAGGAGGCGGCCACUGCAGCCUGGCUGCAAGACCGGGCCGACCUGCUGCUGACCGUGGCCGUGAACAACGCCACGAGGCUGGGGGACCUGCAGCAGGUCGAGUUCGGGCGGCGCAUGGGCAACGGGCAGCAGCUCGCCGUGGACAUGCCCGAGGCCGGCGGGCACGUGGCGCAGGAGCUGCUGGCACUGGCGGAGAGGACGUGCUGCGGGAUGUGUCCCUGCACCUGCGUGGGGCUGCCCGGCCCGCGGGGCCCCAGCGGCCCCGCGGGAGGCAAGGGGGUGGCCGGCAGCAAGGGACGUGAUGGAGACGAAGGCGAGCACGGGCACAGCGGGGAGCAGGGACCAGCAGGUCUCCGAGGCAGCCGGGGGAUGCAGGGAUGCCCAGGACAGUGUGGAGCGAAGGCGAGCAUCCGGCACACCCACGGUGCGGGUGCCUGCUGCUGCCCUCCUGCUCACCCUCAUCUCCUUUAG